GUUAUGAGCCACACACAGAGGCAAACAAAUCACCCAACUGACGAGAAAGAAGAAGCGAAGGCAAGCGAGAAGCAAGCAUCAAGAACAAGAACGAAGAAGUCGGAUUGUGGCAAUCACCGACCGUUCUUGGACAAUCCCCUCACUACGGGCAUACGUGCCGCGGACUUCCAGGCGGACGAGAAAGAGCCACUCCACUUCGACGUCAAGCCAGCCAUGGGCAACAUCGUCCACAAGAACGCGCUGGACAAGCGCACGGGCAUGACCAAGCGCGAGAAGACGCUGCUGCGGGACACCUGGCACAAGUUCUGCCAGAAGAACCCGGACUUCGGCAGCCUCGUGUUGCUGGCCAUGUUCACUCGGCACCCGGAGAGCCAGGCGCUGUUCCCCAGGUUCCAGGGUCGCGAAGUGCGCCACCUGCGCGACGACUCCGAGUUCCUGGCGUUCGCCGCCGGGGUUGGCCGUCAGAUGAGCGCCAUGGUCGACUCCGUGAACGACUACGACGCCCUGUGCGAGGUGGCGCGCAAGAACGCGGCCGACCACGCCCAGCGGGAAGGGGUGCACGCUGGCCACUUCGAGCACUUCUUCUCCGUCACGUUGGGCGAGAUGACCGAGAGUGACGAGUCGGCCAUGACGCCCGCCGCCGUCGCCGCCUGGGAGAAGUUCUUUGUGGUACUGAACACGAUCACAAAAGAAGUCUUCGAGGAGGCGGCCAAGGCUGCCAAGGCUGCCAGGGCGACCAAGGAAGCCGAGGCAGCCAAGGAAGCCAAGGCUGCCAAGGAAGCGAAGGCUGCCAAGGAAGCGAAGGCUGCCAAGGCGGCCGCGGGAACGACGUCACCGCCCCAGGACCAGGGGCAUUCGUCAACUGACGAGCUGACAUCCACCCCGGCAAGCCCGUUGCCGGCGACGACUUCAGCGGCCCAGAAGGCCACGAGCCCGCUGGCCAUACAGAGCGUCAUAAAAGGGGCCCGCUCAGACCACAAGCCUGUCUGGAGGAGUGGAAUCAAGGAGAAGCACAACAAGCCUCCAAAAUGAGCGCGCGGCUCGUCGCCUGCCUGUUGGCGCCAUCUUGAAGACACCGGCCUUUUCACUGGACCCGCUUUUAACGUUGGUUCCGUAUGGCUGCGCGUCUCUAUGCCGUUUCAAUGGGCACAUCCCA